GCAAAGCUUCUCGUCGCAUAAGCUCCUCGCAGUCCUAAAGCUAAAGCUAGCAAAUCACAUUGUCACCGUUCUACUCUGACCGAGGCUGAGUCGCCUAACUGCGGUCGCUUCGGACCCGGUAUUGGCUAACCUAGACGACUCUCCAAGGACUUCUGGCGGUGCCCAAACCUAACACUAUACCUGCAGGCUAAACCCUGACAAAUCCGAGUCAGGCUGUGUGGCGCCGAGAGUUCAGCUUUCUUAUAUAGCGUCGCUGUCUCACCCGCCGGUGCGUGCGAGUGUUGGGAAGCUAUCUCUUUCACCCCGAGGCGCAAGCGCACACAUAACCAGGAAAGAAAUAGAGACGGAAAAGACGAGGCGAGAAACACCAUGUCUCGGUACAACCGCGACCAUUCGCCCGACUAUGCCGCCGGCGGCAGCGGCAUACCGCCGCGAGUCCCCAGUCCCGGCCACACGACAUUCAUACCCUCCCCCGCCGUGGACCAGCACGCGCGCCUCGAAUACGCACCUCAAUCCCAGGCGCCCUACUACCCGCCACCGCCCGACCCCAACAACCUGCAGAUCCCCGACAACUCACGUGCGCGGCCAAGAUCCCUCCCGCCACCCGUAGAAUACCGCCGCAGCCGCUCGCGACAAGACCGAGGUCGAGACCAGGACUGGGAUCGGUACGAUGACGAUGACGACAGGGACAGAGACAGGUAUAGGGGCCGAGACAGGAAACACGAUCGCACGCCCGUGGGGAAGGCCAAGCAGUUCAUCGACAGCAACUUCACGGACUCCACGACGGGCCUCGGCGUCGGCGUGCUGGGGGCGUUGGUCGGCGGGCUAGCGGCGCACGAGGCGGCCGAGGCCACGUCCCGCGAUGGCGGCAAGGGCCGCGGUAGCCGGUACCAGACCGAGGCGCAGCGGCGGAACCAGCUGCUGAGCACCGUCGUCGGCGCGGCCGUUGGCGCGCUCGGCGCCAACGCUGUGGAGAAGCGGCUGGAGAACAAUCGGGAGAAGACGCGGGACAAGCAAGACAGGUGGGACCAGAAGUGGGGGGUGACGUCGGGCAGCAGGGGGGAUGUCGUCGAGAGGAGGGAGGUGACCACGAGGCCGAGGAGCGGUGGUGGGAGAAAGGAAUGGGACUGGGACGACGGGCGGCCGGGAAGUAGGGGCGGCCGGGUGAGAGAGGUCGAUCCGGAUGCGCGUAGCUGGCAGAAUGUCGAGGAGUGGGUGUACGACGAGCGAGAUCCGGACAGAAGAAGGCGGAGGAGUGGAGAUGGCUAUCGGUAUUAAGACCACUUUUCACGUCGUUUGGUGCUUAAUGAUGCGGUAUGCCGACUUACGAAGUGUUUCUGGUUGGAGUUGAGUCUAGGAUUUCUUCUUUUGGGUAUAGGCAGUUCAACGGAAUGCCCCGACACGACAUAAUGAUUU